AUGAAUCCGAUGAUGAAAGACCCCGCGGCCGGCAUCCCGCCGCAGCUGCUGCCUCAUCUGCAUCUGGUCUCCAAAUAUCGCUACCCGAUCACGAGCAACCCAGCCGUCGAUACUAUCGUUGGAUACCUGCUGGAAGCGCCCAAGAUUGUGCGCGACCUGCAGCCUAUGCAAUGGCAAUUCCUUGACACUCCAGCGGACGGCACAUUGAUCCUCGAGUGGCAGCCGCUCGAAUACCUGGGUACAAGCUAUGCAAGUGACGGCUUCAUCUGGGCAGAUGUGGAACAUGUCUACAAGUCCGAAGUCCGGGGAUAUACUUUGGAAAUGUUUCUGCAGAGAGCGGGCUUUCGAGCCACAGGCGAAAUCAUGGCCACGCACAGCAGAAGGCGAUACCGGCUGCUUCCUGGGAACCCAGCUCAUGGCCUCCCAAAUCCCGAUCCUAGCUUGUGGCUGACGCACUACUCAAAAGCCUCUCCGCGCGACCAAGUACCCGCCGCCAACAUCCCGAUCAUGCCCCAUGUUCAUGCACUCCUCCAACAGCGUCGCAUGAUCCAGAGUCAAGGACAACUGCCCAGAAAAGAGUUUAUGCUACACGACCGAUCAAAUUGGCCCACGAUGCACUUGCCUCCGGGGGUAGCCAGAGGACCGGCUCAAGGCCAAAUCCCUCCCGGCGUUGGUCACCGAAGAGGCGCGAGCAUUACCCAAGACUCGACUGUGGAGGAAGAAGAAGAUGUCUCUCGUGGUGACUUGCUUGAUUUUAUGGCCCCCAGAGAUAUCAGUCGAGUUCGCUACGAGCAACACCAUGAAUGGAUGGAGGAGUUAAUCGAGUCGCCGUAUCCUACACUCUCCAUCAUCCCCAGUGAAUUGGGUUUUGGAAAGAAGGGCCAGCUGGAAGAACUGACCAAAGAUUUCUUCGAUGCUCCUGUGUCGGUCGCGAAAGAAUCGAGUAAUGGACCACCGCCACGAGUUGGUAAAAUGCCUGCUGGGCGAGCUGAUGACUUCAUCAAGCGCGCUUCUGAAAAACUGGCCAAAAUGCAGGAAGAGUUGGAAGAAAUGAGGAACAGACACGCUCGGAGAAUGGAAAAGCUACGUCGGUCUACAGCAUUGACGGCUGCUGAAAAGAAGCUACGAACAGUGGCGGAUGUCUCAGAGAGACCAAAUAUCUCCAAAGACGAGUCCAAUGGUGAUGCCGACAAUGUCCCGCGUGACGCGAUUGACGAUAUCAUGGAAACAGUAGAGUCGCAUAUGGGUCAGAAGCUGACAAGGACCACUACUGUGGCGCUAGUUUCAAGAGGAGGCUUGGAGGAGCGAAGCAAAGUCGCUGAAGUCCCAGCUCAACCUCAGGCUCCGGUUGUUACUUCGCCGCAAAAAGCUUCCCACCCUCUUCCCAACGUAGAGAAUGCCAACACUCAACAACCGCAACAACCGCAGCCACAGCCACAGCCGGUUGUGAAUACUGUCGAGGAGCCAAAGCAAGAGCAGCAGGAUGUUUCUGUGGCCACCGGUGAGCAACAAAGCAGUGCGACUGCGGAAACACUACCUGCACCAUCUGAAGCACAACCGGCACAGUCUACGGAUACGGAGCAACGGCCUGAAGCAGAUGCCAAUCAACAAGCCGAAGAGCUUCCACAAAUGGACGAUAUUGUCACGGACGUCAAUAUGGAUGGGAUGGAUGACCAAGUCGACAAUGUCAACCAAGACGCCGAGGAAUGGGUCAUGAUUGGGGAAGACGGGGGUCAGAACGACAUGGUGAUUCCGGAUCUACCAGAUGAAGGUCAACAAGAUGAAAGUUCAGCUGCGGCGGACGGGACCGCGGACCAGUCCAAUGGCCAGAGCACCGAUCAGCCACAGCAAGGUCAAGCUCAGGCGCCGGCGGAUGGAGCACUGAACACUCCUGAUUUCGGCAUGGGAGGGGAUUUUGACAAUGUGGAAGUGGACACGGCUGGAGAUGCGCUUGCAAGUUAUGAUAACGACGACGACCUGAAUCUGGACGCCAUGGAGGGCUCUGCAUUUGGAGACGCCUUCCACCCCGAGGAGGACGAGGAGAUUUCGUAG